UUUCAAAGAGACAGAAAAAAGAAAGGGAGUUUGGUAAAUGUGGUUGAGUUACAGAAAAAGCGAAGCGAAAAAUCUAACAAGGGAGAAGAAGAGAAGGAGAAGCAUAUUAAGGGUAGUAAGAGUGAGUAUAUUAAUGCAAAGACAGUGAGGACACACUUGACAACACUCGUAGUGAGAUGGUAUAUAGUAUCACAAAUCCCUUGUCUUUCUUCCUUCGCUUUUUCUGCCAGCAAAUUAGAGUUAGCACCUGUCAGAUCUCUCUCAUUCACACACCCUUUUAUUCAAAAUAAAUUUCUUUACUCUCCUUAUAUAUUUUUGUUGCAAUCAACCAACGCCUCUGUUCCAAACAACCAUCAUAAACCAUGCCCACCCUCUUCUCUCACCCUCUUCAAAUGCAAUGAUUCCACUGCUGCCAAAACCAACACACUAGGGAAGGCAAAGGCACGCAUAUAUAGCACGGAGGAGAAACAUUUUAUGGAGUUUUCGCCUUCCCAAGAGUUGAAGAAGGAGCUUAAAUGAGUGAGACAGCGAGUCUUCAUGCACAAACAAGGACACCCAUUUCUUCUCUGGAAGCCAUGGCUCAUCACCACCCGCAUUAUCGGUCACCCUUCGGAGACACUACCUUCACCAAACUGUUCGUGGGAGGACUAGCCUGGGAGACUCCCACCGAAGAAAUGCGCAAAUAUUUCCAGCAGUUCGGAGACAUUCUUGAAGCUGUCAUAAUCACUGACAAGAACACCGGAAAAUCCAAAGGCUACGGUUUCGUAACAUUCUGCGACCAAGAAUCAGCAAGAAGAGCAUGUGCUGAUCCAAAUCCAAUAAUAGAUGGCAGAAGAGCAAAUUGUAAUAUUGCUUCUCUGGGGAGGACUCGACCUUCACCACCUCGAGGGAGGAGUAUAGUUCAAGGUGGAGGAGGAACAGUACAGAGUGUUCCGGGAUCCGGACCGCCGCCGUCGCUGCCGCCAGCACCUGCUGUUCUGUAUCCGCCAUAUGGCUACGCAGCCUACACUCCUGAUUAUGGAUACCACCACCAAGCGACGUUGUACAACCCACAGAUUCAGCAACCACAAUACUAUCAACAAGUCUAUGGAGCAUCAUCUUCAACAAUGAGCACCCCGUAUUACUAUGGCUACUCUUUGCAAGCACCAAGAAACACAUUCUCUUCACCCCAGGCAAAUCGCCUAUCACCUGGACCAUCUUAUCUGUACUAUCCUACACCCAUGGAAGUCUCAUUCUCUGCAUAUCGCCCACUACAAUCACCAAUCACCCAAAACUUUCCUUCUCCAACUGAUUCACAGAGUCAGCAGCGUAUCUCCUCUGAAACAGCAGCCACUUCAGAAAGUUCAAAUACCCAAGGGAAGAACUGAUAAAUAUAUAUAUAUAUAUACGCCUACUAAGUUUCAACUGUUUAAACUUCAAGUUAAUUUUCAUCACAUUAAUUCUUCAUCUUUUUCCCCAUUAUAUCAUAAUUUUUUUAGUCCACAAGCUUUUGCUUUAGGAAAUAAUGGCUUAGCUGAUUACCGGUGUUCUCCACACCUGUGGCAAUUUCGAAAGAUGGACUAAACAACUUCUUCA